AUGGGUAGAGGACCUAAGAAGCACCAGAAGCGCCUUAGCGCCCCCUCGCACUGGCUUCUCGACAAGCUCUCGGGUGUCUACGCUCCCAAGCCGUCGGCCGGUCCCCACAAGCAGCGAGAAUGUCUGCCCCUCAUCAUCUUCCUGCGCAACCGUCUCAAGUACGCCCUCAACUACCGUGAGACCAAGAGCAUCUUGAUGCAGCGUCUCAUCAAGGUUGACGGCAAGGUCCGCACCGACAUGACCUUCCCCGCCGGUUUCAUGGACGUCAUCACCAUCGAGAAGACUGGCGAGCACUUCCGCCUCAUCUUCGACACCAAGGGUCGCUUCACCGUCCACCGCAUUCAGGCCGAGGAGGCUGAGUACAAGCUGGGCAAGGUCAAGAGAGUGCAACUUGGCAAGGGCGGCAUCCCAUUCUUGGUCACGCACGAUGCGAGAACCAUCCGCUACCCCGACCCUCUGAUCAAGGUCAACGACACCGUCAAGAUCGACAUUGCCACUGGCAAGAUCACCGACUUUGUCAAGUUCGACACUGGUGUCGUCGUCAUGGUCACUGGUGGUCGCAACAUGGGUCGUGUUGGUGUCAUCACUCACCGUGAGAGACACGAUGGUGGUUUCAACAUCGUCCACGUCAAGGACGCCAUUGACAACACCUUCGCCACCCGUGAGAGCAACGUUUUCGUCAUUGGCUCUGAGAAGCCCUGGAUCUCCCUGCCCAAGGGCAAGGGUGUCAAGCUCACCAUCGCUGAGGAGCGUGACCGCCGCCGCGCUCACGCUCUGGCUGGCCACUAA